CAAGCCACUUCUUCUCACUAAAGUACAGUUGUAACGUGAUCCUGAAUGUUGUGUAACGAAAAAAAAAUAUCACUACAUCAAGGCACAUACACACUGUGUUAUGUUUAAAUUCAUUUACCUGCUAUGGAUCUUUCCCCUGAAAGUUUAAACAUAUUUAUUUAAAGAUGCGACUCUACUAUAAUAGAAACGACCCAGGCGUAGAAACGGCUCAAGCGUAGAAAAGACUCGAGCGUAGAAUACUUAAAAUUGAUAGCUGGAGAUUUGUGGAUUUGUUUCUAACAAUCAUGGGUCUACGUUGGGCUAUUCUACACAGUAUAGUCCUCCUGAUCUGUUUAGUCAGAGAAUCGACACAGCAGGUCCGAAUAAAUAUAUUCACAAUAUCUGUAAAACCCAAUACCGCCGGGGAUACAGCCUCAUAUUAUUGCGAAGUGGACAACUUUAACACGUCACUGCCGCCACCAAUAUCUUUCACCUUCUUCGCCAUCUCAAGGAAAACGUUCAACGAAUCAGAGUUCUCGAGACUUGUUUUGAUAGAGCCGCCAAAGGACAGUAGCGUUCCUAAGCUUACCACAUUGUUUCCACCUUCAAAGCGAUGGACAGCUUCACUCGAAACUGCAGAUUUGAAUUCAUCCUCAUUGAGUGUCAAGCUGACAAUAAAAGAUUUUCAAUGCGAGGAUGUUGGCUUAUAUAGAUGCUUAAUAGCAGUUCAUAACGAAACAGACUUGUAUCAGACGAAUGGUAGCAACUUCACAGCUACAGCCUCAGUGACGAUUGACUUAAGUUUGGAACCAUACAAUGGAACUGAGGAGUUCUCAUCUACAAAUCAAGCUGGAACAAAUGUUACAUUGACUUGCAAUGUCACAGGACCACCAAACACAAAGAUUGUUUGGAAAUCGAAACAAAUGUCAUCAGAUGGAACAGGCUUUCAAGAGAAUCAUGUUGUUUUUAACCCUGAAACCUUUGAGACCCAGUUGACUAAUACAUCUGGCUGCGCCGUCAAGACCUAUUCCUCUAUACUUCACAAAACUCUACGGAAAGAGGAUAACGGAACCAUCUAUUACUGCUGGGCCACGGAUGCACAGGGCAAGGAAAUUGAUUUAAAACACUUCAUUACUUGGAUUCAGAGCAACGGUGCGAGCGUCUUAGAUACGAAACAAAGUUUAGCCGUGGUGCUCUUUGUUUGUAUCUUUAACUCUUUCUCUCCUAAAUGACGAUACCAAGGUUGAUUCCAUCAGAAUAUGGUAAAUAAUUACGGUGAGAAAGAGUUAAAUCAUUUGCAACUUGCUAACUAUGCAAGGAUGUCUUAAAAUGCUGGAAGUUAUAUAAUUAAAUCAUUUAUCAAAUAUUUUGUUUCAUUAAGUUGUGUAAUUAUAAAUGUCACUUUUAAACUUUCAACUAGGCGUAUUGUUCCUAAAGUAAAGUUUUUAUUUAAAAAAAAGGAAAUAAAAGAAAUAUUUCUAU